GAGUCCAUCGCUGCUCCCGUUCACUUGUUGGAUCGCCUUCAGCCACAACCGUCUCCUGUUGGCCUGACACGUCGAAUACCCAGACGAAAUCCUGUAAAAUUUAACUGCCCUGUUCGAGGAUUGCUGAUUUGAACAGCCAGACACACAACAACCCGUCAUUUUACAGUAUAACAGUCUGGUUUCGGUGUUUAGCUUCAGGUAAGGAAGUUAUCAACAGCAACUACUACACAGGACUUCCGCUACCAAGAGGCGCGCGCAUCCAGGUUGGCUGAUGUAGCUUAAACUACAACAACUGUCAAAACACCUCCUUUACAGUUAAUCCAUUUCACAAAACUACAGCACACGGUGCACUGAGGACCCCUACUGGCCGGUGUUGCGUUGAAUUCAGUAUCCUCUACAUUCACCAUUUAGAGAAAAGGUGACUCCUCCAUCUGCACCCUCCCUGGUCUUGCCAAUGCCUCCCUCUGCAGUCACCAUGCACGGUGAAUGGGAAGGAGCUGUCCCGCCUUUCUCAGGAUCCUACCCUGGACAUACGGGACCCUGUGCUUUCCAACUUACUGCGGCGGGGGGCCCGCAGACGUGCAGGCCUAGCAGGAGCCCCUGGAGCAUCAGUGCCAGUGACCAUGGGCAUGGCUGACUGUGUAGACAGCUGCACCCAAACAGACAUCAGCUUCCAGCAUAUGUUGACUUUGGGAAAGAGCAGCCAGCAUCCCUGCGGAGCUCCACCCCCACCCGACCCUCCACCGUCCCCUCCUCUACCACCGCUGCUGGAGCCGUAUCUCUUCAAUGAGCUCUUCACAGAGCCGGUUUACUAUGACCCCACUGACUACUUUGAUAUCACCCAGCAUGAAGUGGACAGACAGGAUGAGCUGGAGUAUGAGGAGGUGGAGCUGUACAAGUCUCGUCAGCAGGAUAAACUCGGGCUGACGGUGUGUUACAGAACCGAUGAUGAGGAAGACCUGGGGAUAUAUGUUGGAGAGGUAAAUCCAAACAGCAUCGCUGCCAUUGAUGGACGAAUCCGCAAGGGAGACAGAAUACUACAGAUAAAUGGAGUGGACAUCCAGGACAGGGAGGAGGCGGUAGCUAUUCUCACCAGAGAGGACAGCACUAAUGUCUCCCUGCUCCUCGCACGACCUGAGAUAGAGAAUGACAACCAGCUGGAUCAGGAUGAGCUGGAUGUGGAGCCACUGGACAAUGCUGCUCACCUGCCCAGCAGCCACAGGGUGAGGAGCAACACCUUCAUCCUGGGUGCUGGAUCAGGCUCUGUCUCCAGUGGGAAUGUGCUGAGUAGCCACUGCCGCUCACUGAGCAGAGACUCACCUGAUUUGCUCCAGACGGUCCUGAGCAACAGUCAGGAGCUGGACAGCGGGGUGGGUCGUACGGAUGAAAGCACACGCUACGAAGAGUCGUCAGAACACGAUCUCCUGGCAGACGACCACACCAGCGCCUCCAACACAAACGCAACCAACACGCCCGGCAGCAUGCGCAAGUUUUUGUCCAGCCGAGGGGACACGCCACCUUUGCUGCACUCCCAGGACCUCCAGUUCAGCACGGACUCCCUCUUAGGACUGGACUGUGUUAAUGGAGGAGGGCUGGAGCAGGUGGAGCGAAUGGAGAGGGCCUAUGUGGCUGAUCCCAUGAGGAUGAUGAUGCCUGGCCUGACUGAAGAGGAGUGUGAGAGGUACAAAGAGCUCCUUGAAAUCAAAUGCUACUACGAGAAGAACAGUAAUGAUGUGAUGCAUCUUGGAGGUGAGGGGAUGGCACUGGAGGAAGGAGGCGUCUCUCUGGAUGUGAACAGGAACGAGAGCCUGACGCAGCAUGAGAUGGCUCUUCUGGAAGAGGAGCUGCGCCACUUGGAGUUUAAGUGCCGCAACAUCUUGAGGGCGCAGAAGAUGCAGCAGCUGAGGGAACGAUGUAUGAAGGCCUGGCCUCUGGAGGAGAAGAAUGGAGUGGGUGCAGGGGUCGGAGCAGGACGUUUGGAGAUGAAUGGUGCUUUGGUCAAUGAGGAGUCCUGUCACCACGCUCUGUCCGACAUCAACGAGCUACCAGAGAGGGAACGCUCAGACAAGGACAGUACCAGUGCCUACAACACUGGAGGGGAAAGUUGCAGGAGCACCCCUCUGGUCACUGAACUGUACCCUUCACACUCCACACAGAGCCUGGAGAGAGGAGAGAUUCAUCCUCACUCCUCCACUAGACAGAGAGAGAGAGGAACCAGGGCCGAGAGAGGAGACGGGUCACAAGGAAACCUCAACCACUCUCACAGGAGAGGAAGUGAAUCAAAGACAUCCAGCCCUGGGACUAAGGUUAGGUCCCUGACCCGGGAUGCAGGAACAAGAAGGGGCUCAGAUGGGGGGGUUAGACGCAGCACAAAGACCAAUGGGACAGCUGAGAGGACUGGCGGAUGCAGCGCAGAUAACAGCCCAUACCUGUCCCGCCGUAGGACUGAUACAAAUCCACCUCAGCGCUACCUGAGCUGCAUGCAGCUGAGGUCUCCCUCCACCUCUGAUCGGCUCGGUGGACUUCUAGAGGGCUGCAUUGAAAACGGGGGGGAUGAUAGCCCGAUGAGCUUGGGUAGCACGUGCAAAGAUGUUUCGCAGGCUCCAGGUGCAGCACCCUUACCCAUGUCCUCUCCACUGCUUCCUGCCUCCCCUCGCAUGGAGUGGAAAGUGAAGAUCCGCAGCGACGGCUCACGUUAUGUGGCCAAGCGGCCUGUGAGGGACCGCCUCCUGAAGGCACGAGCCAUGAAGAUCAGAGAGGAGCGCAGCGGCAUGACAACAGACGACGACGCCGUGAGCGAAAUGAAGAUGGGUCGAUACUGGAGCAAAGAGGAGCGCAAGCAGCAGCUGCAGAAGUCCAGGGAGCAGCGGCGGCGCAGGGAGUUCAUGAUGCAGAGCCGUCUGGACUGUAUGAGAGAGCGUGAGAGGGAGCAGGGCGGCGGUGGCGGCACCGCGGGACAGCAGGGGACGACAAACCAGCAGGAACCAAACUCCAUCCUGGAGCUGUGCCACCGCAGGAGCAUGAAGAAACGCAGCCGCAGGAUCCUGGACAACUGGAUCACGAUACAGGAGCUGCUUGCACACGGAGCCAGGUCUGCUGAUGGGAAGAAAGUGUACAACCCCCUGCUGUCUGUCACCACAGUCUGAGUAAGGUGGGAGGGAUAACAAAGUGCCAAAGUGUUCUGAUCAGGCCUUGAAAGUGAGUACAAGCUGCUUUGGCACAAACACUUAUCAGUGAGGUGUUCUGAAACACAAAGUGAAACUGAUUCUCCUGCAGUUUGUUUGGUUGAAAGGACCUAAACCUACACUUCUGAGCCUUUUUCAUAAUGCUUCAUGUGAACCAUCUCUUGUCUAACACAGAAACCUGUUCCACUUUGUCAGAUUUAAAACCUUGACGUCAGAGUCUGUGCACAAGACAAAAAAAGAACUGUUGGAGUUGAACAAGUAGACUCUCAGACAUUAAGUGGAACUAGAGCACACAUUUGCAUUUUGGACUGUUACAUGUUCAGACAAAUCCUUCCAGAGAUACGUCACCACAUGAGAGAUGGCACCUCCUGCUGUGAAGCGAUUACGGAGGAGGUGCACAGAGUCUGUUUUUUCUUUCAAUCCUGAACGAAAUCACUAGUUGAAGGUAAGAACCAUGCAGCUGUGAAAACCUUAUCAGUAAAAGCCACUUCUGUGCCAUAAAACUUUUUUCAAUUCCACAAAGGGCUUUUAGCCUGAGGACAUUUUCUGAACAUUGUGCGUGAGUUUAUGUCGUUACUCAUUCUUGCUGUGUUAUUGUAAAAAAGAAAUGCUCCCGUGGGUUGACGCAGGAGAUGAAGCUACACCCUCCCUCGUCUGACGGGGUGCUUUUUCAUAAUGAGGAGCUGAGCGAUGCCUUCCAUUCAGACACGUGUGAGUGUAGAGCACAUUUUUCAAAGCAGCACAAAAAGGCUACUAUAGCUGAGAGGAUAAGUAUGUAAGCACAGAAAAUCAGACUGUUUUUCUUUUUUUUUUAAGAAAAGACGCAUUUCAUCACAAAAAGCACAGAAAUCAUUUGAUGUUUUCAUUUCAAAAAGGCACAUUUGCCAUUUAAAAAUACUACACACAAAGUCUGGGUCAGCACUCGACAUCAUUUCAACGAUGACUGUGAAUAUUUUUGUUUGUUUGUUCCAUGUUGUUCCUUUUGGAUGUUACAGUCCCGGUCUUGGUUCAGAUGUUUUAAUUUUUUUUAAAUCUGUGCUCUCAGAACUAACUGCUGUAUCAUCAUCUGACAAAAAGCAUCCAUGAUUACAGAAUAUUGCUAACAUUGGUGUGACUAAUUUAUAAAACCCCAAGUUGAUUUGGCAUUUGCAUGUUUGAUAUUCCUGGAGAAAUCCUUUUUUCUAUUCCUUUAAAAGACUAAAAGCCUUUAAUACCGUGAUCGUGGAUGUGUCUUUCUAAGAACUUGUUUAAAAUUCUAGCAUAGACGAAACAUGGUGUACUUGUUCAUUGUUGUGGUGUACUGUGUCUGACAUUUCACAGUGAAAGCUUUUCUAAAUAAAUGCUGUGAACAAAGAUC